AAGCGGUUUGUGAUUUGGCACCGUCAUUGUUCAGAUCUUCAGAGUCGAAAGUCGGUCCAUAUAGUAAUUGUAGUGUGUGAAGUUUUGUUAAUUAUCGAAUUUUAUUGAAUAAUUUUUAAAAAGCACUAGAAAAAACUACACAUUUGAAAUGGCGGAAGGAAAAAGUCCCGAUGAUUUAGCAACUGCAAUUUUACGUCGCAAGGAUCGUCCAAAUAGGCUUUUAGUAGAAGAAGCAGUGAAUGAUGAUAAUUCAGUCGUUGCCCUUUCGCAAUCAAAAAUGGAUGAAUUGCAACUUUUUAGAGGCGACACAGUACUUUUAAAAGGAAAGCGACGAAAAGAAACUGUUUGCAUUGUAUUGUCUGAUGAAACUUGCCCAGAUGAAAAGAUCAGAAUGAAUCGUAUAGUUAGAAACAAUUUACGUGUUCGUCUCUCUGAUGUUGUUUCAAUUCAACCAUGUCCUGAUGUUAAAUAUGGGAAAAGAAUACAUGUGCUUCCCAUCGAUGACACUGUAGAAGGAUUAACUGGGAAUCUAUUUGAAGUUUACUUGAAACCUUACUUUUUGGAAGCAUACAGACCAAUUCACAAAGAGGAUGUGUUUGUUGUACGUGGGGGAAUGAGAGCAGUUGAAUUUAAAGUUGUUGAAACAGAUCCUUCCCCAUAUUGUAUUGUUGCACCAGAUACUGUAAUACAUUGUGAUGGAGAUCCCAUCAAACGUGAGGAAGAAGAAGAGGUUCUUAAUGCCGUUGGAUACGACGACAUUGGUGGUUGCAGGAAGCAGCUGGCCCAAAUCAAGGAAAUGGUUGAACUACCUCUACGUCAUCCGUCUUUGUUUAAAGCAAUUGGUGUUAAACCUCCUCGUGGAAUUUUGCUGUAUGGACCCCCAGGUACUGGUAAAACAUUGAUAGCCCGUGCCGUUGCUAAUGAAACCGGCGCAUUCUUCUUUCUUAUCAAUGGUCCUGAAAUAAUGAGCAAGCUGGCCGGUGAAUCUGAAAGUAAUCUGCGAAAAGCGUUUGAGGAAGCUGACAAGAAUUCUCCCGCUAUCAUCUUUAUCGAUGAAUUGGACGCGAUCGCUCCCAAACGUGAAAAAACGCAUGGAGAAGUUGAACGCCGAAUUGUAUCCCAAUUAUUGACUCUUAUGGACGGCAUGAAAAAGAGUUCACAUGUUAUCGUCAUGGCCGCAACCAACAGGCCCAACUCCAUUGAUGCAGCUUUACGUCGUUUCGGGCGGUUUGAUCGCGAGAUUGACAUCGGCAUUCCAGAUGCAACUGGUCGACUCGAAAUCCUUCGCAUUCACACGAAAAAUAUGAAACUCGCAGACGACGUAGAUUUGGAACAGAUAGCUGCAGAGACCCACGGUCACGUCGGUGCCGAUCUUGCUUCCCUCUGUUCUGAAGCUGCCCUACAACAGAUUCGUGAAAAAAUGGAUCUGAUAGAUUUGGAAGACGAUCAAAUUGACGCCGAAGUCUUAAAUUCACUUGCUGUAACUAUGGAAAAUUUCCGUUAUGCAAUGACUAAGAGCAGUCCAAGUGCUCUACGUGAAACGGUGGUCGAAGUACCUAAUGUUACCUGGGAUGAUAUCGGGGGUUUGGAGAAUGUCAAGAAAGAGUUGCAAGAACUUGUUCAAUAUCCUGUUGAACAUCCAGAUAAAUUCCUCAAAUUUGGUAUGCAACCGUCACGAGGGGUACUCUUCUAUGGACCUCCAGGUUGUGGUAAGACUCUUCUCGCCAAAGCAAUCGCCAAUGAAUGUCAAGCUAAUUUUAUAUCGGUCAAGGGACCUGAAUUAUUGACCAUGUGGUUUGGUGAAUCUGAAGCUAAUGUGCGAGAUAUUUUCGAUAAGGCUAGAUCUGCUUCGCCAUGUGUCCUAUUCUUUGACGAGUUGGAUUCUAUUGCAAAGUCUCGUGGGGGUAACGUGGGAGAUGCUGGAGGUGCAGCGGAUCGCGUUAUCAAUCAAAUUCUUACUGAAAUGGACGGUAUGGGAGCUAAGAAGAACGUUUUCAUUAUUGGGGCUACAAACAGGCCUGAUAUCAUCGAUCCAGCUAUAUUACGUCCAGGCCGUUUAGAUCAGCUGAUUUACAUCCCAUUACCAGACGAGAAGUCCCGUGAGGCUAUUUUCAGGGCUAAUUUGCGCAAAUCGCCUGUGGCCAAGGACGUGGAUAUGACUUACAUUGCGAAAGUCACACAUGGAUUUUCUGGUGCCGAUUUAACAGAAAUUUGCCAACGUGCCUGUAAAUUGGCCAUUCGGCAGAGUAUAGAAGCGGAGAUAAGACGUGAACGUGAACGGGCCGCCAAUCCAAACGUCGCAAUGGACUUGGAUGAGGAAGACCCGGUUCCUGAAAUAACUCGAGCUCAUUUUGAAGAAGCUAUGCGUUUUGCUAGAAGAUCAGUGUCAGACAACGAUAUUAGAAAAUAUGAAAUGUUUGCGCAAACAUUACAGCAGUCUCGAGGGUUUGGAACCAAUUUUCGUUUCCCUACCGCCGGCGGAGGCGCUCCUGUUCCCGGAGUUACCGCGGGUGAUCAAGGUAACUUCCAAGACGACGCUGAAGACGACCUCUACAGUUAAACGUUUGGAUUACAAAAGAAAAUUUUCACUUACAAUUGGGUU